AUGCACGUCAAGAACGUUAUCGUGAAGCAAGUUUUGUUUGCUGGGCUAAUCAGCUCGUCGCUAGCCGCAAACAAACAGCACAACCCCUUUGUCACGAAACGCCAGUCAUUGGAAACGAGCUAUGACUACGUAGUAGUGGGCUCUGGACCUGGAGGCGGUCCAACUGCCGCCAAUCUCGCCGUGGCAGGCUACAAAGUCCUUCUCAUCGAUGCCGGUGGCGAUUCGGGCGACGCCAUGGUCGAGGAGGUCCCUGCCUUUUUCCCGCAGUCGACGGAAUUCGUCGAUACGGAAUGGGACUUUUUCGUCACCCGUAGCUCAGAUCCUGCCGUGGAAGCCAAGAACAUCAUCACAUCCUACCGGCUGGAGAACGAGACCAUUUACACCGGGCCCGAUCCACCCGCCGGUGCGGUACCAAUCGGCACGCUGUAUCCCCGGGCCGGGACGCUCGGCGGCUGCUCCAGGCAUAAUGCGAUGAUUGCAAUCCGUGCGUUUGACAACGACUGGAAGGCCGUUGCGGACGCCACGGGCGACAGCUUCUGGAGCGGAAAGACUUUCCAGAGGCUGUUUGAGAAAAUAGAACACUGCGACUACCUGCCAAAUUCCAUUUUGGGACAUGGCUUCAAGGGAUACCUUUGGACCGAAGUGGCAUCACUCUUGCUCGCCGUGCAAGACUUGAAGGCUGUCAGCGUCGUCGUUUCGGCAGGAGCGGCAUUGGGUAAAACCAUAACCGGCACCCUUAUCGGAACUAUUGCCGGAUUGCUCGAGAUUCUGUUUCUGGAUGUAAACGCUCCAGGCGAAACCAUUAUCCCCGGCGCCUACCAGGUUCCCCUUACGAUGAAGGAUCAAGUGCGUGGUGGAGUUCGAGACCGUAUCUUGGACAUUGCUUCAGCGACAAACAGGAAUGGCGACCGCAGCUACCACCUUGAUAUCAAGCUCAACACCCUGGUGACCAAGAUCGUAUUUGACCAGAGUGGCAGUGACCAGACCCCUCGAGCCACUGGUGUCGAGUAUCUCGAAGGGCAAAGCUUGUACCGCGCUGAUCCCCGGUGGCAAAAUGCAAGUGUAACGGGCGAGGGCACCAUUAAUGCCACCAAAGAGGUCAUCAUUGCCGGUGGAGCCUUCAAUACGCCUCAGAUUCUGAAGCUCAGUGGUGUCGGACCGAAAGAAGAACUAGAAAAGUUUAACAUACCCGUCGUCGUUGACCUCCCAGGGGUUGGCACCAACCUAAAAGAUCACAUCGAGGUCCCGAUCAUCUCCAUAGCCUCAUCAGACUUUGACCUGAUUGAUGGCUGCACUUUUGCCAAAGGGUAUCCUCAGGUUCCCGACCCCUGUCUCGAAAAGUAUCUCCAUGCGAACACCCAGGUUGGCAGGGGGCCGUACGCCACCAAUGGAUUUCCCAUCGGCAUAGCACUCCACUCAUCGGCUGCCGACGCCAUUGACCCGGACGUCUGGGUCUACGGCGGGCCCGGCUAUUUCCCCGGUUUCUACCCGCAGUGGGCGGACAUCGUGUUGGAGGACCACCACCACUGGACAUGGAUCAGCCUCAAGGCAAAUACCAAGAACGGCGGAGGCACCGUGAAGCUUACGAGCUCAGACCCGCGAGACGUGCCGGCUGUUGCCUUUAACACAUUCGAAGACGACCUGUCGGCGCAGCAAGAUAUCCAGGCAUCGUACGAGGGCGUCAAGUUUGCGCGCGACGCCAUGGAUAAGCUGAUCCCGCUGGACGGCACUUUUGAUGAGCAAGUGCCCGGCCGGGCCGAUGCGCCCACGGAAGACGAUCUCAAGGAAUUCGUAAAGACACAAAGCUUUGGGCAUCACGCGUGUUGUACCGCGCCGAUUGGAGGCGACGAUGACGAGAACGCAGUCUUGGAUUCCGCCUUCAGGGUUCGAGGAACCGCCGGUCUCCGAGUUGUGGACGCAAGUGCCUUUCCUGUUAUUCCCGGGUUCUUUAUCGCGUUGCCGAUAUAUCUCCUUGCAGAGAAGGCAAGCGAAGCUAUUCUAAACGAUGCUUGA